CAGGGCGGGAGCGUCGAAGUCUGUUGGAGAGCUGGAGAGGGGUGUGCCCGCCGCACAGUGCCGGGGAACUGGGCGGAGCCCGACAGAAACCGGGCGGGGCCCACUCCCGAGGCUCCUGGAAGCCCGGCAUUUGUCAGGCAAUUCGCGGACUGGCCGCAGGCUGCGAGCAAGGCUACUGGCCAGAUCCUACCAGCUGUGCCUGCGGUCCUUGGGCCGUUCUGGGUGAUUGCCGACCUGCCCCUGCUGGUGGCCAGUGGCUAGGUGUGCACGGCACCUGCAGUCUCGACCCGGUGGCCAAGGGUGACGAGGGGUGGAACCCGACCAGACUCCGGAACAGGACGGGCGAGGGCCGCAGUACGGAAUAGGCCCAGAGCAAUGGCAGCCCCAGGAACUCCAGCCCCACCAACCCCAAUCGCACCAGGUGAUGGUUUGCUGGGAGGACGGGGGGGACUUCCUGACUCAAUGCCUGGGGCCAAGCAGCUCCCAGUGCUGAUCCGCAGGAAGCGAGAUGGAGGCCGCUUAAGUGAGGAGGACAUCAAGGGCUUCAUCAGUGCUGUGGUGGAGGGGAGUGCACAGGGGACACAGAUUGGGGCCAUGCUGAUGGCCAUCCGGCUGCAAGGCAUGGAUCUGGAGGAGACCUCUGCGUUGACCCAGGCAAUGGCCAGGUCUGGGGAACAGCUGCAGUGGCCAGAGGCCUGGCACCAGCAGCUUGUAGACAAACAUUCCACAGGGGGAGUGGGAGACAAGGUCAGCCUGAUCCUGGCACCUGCCCUGGCCGUGUGUGGCUGCAAGGUGCCAAUGAUCAGUGGACGUGGCCUGGGGCACACAGGGGGCACCCUGGACAAGCUGGAGUCUAUUCCUGGGUUCAAUGUCAUCCAGAGCCCACAACAGAUGCAAGUGCUGUUGGAGCAAGUGGGCUGCUGUAUUGUGGGUCAAAGCAAGGAGCUGGUUCCUGCAGAUGGAAUCCUGUAUGCUGUACGAGAUGUGACAGCCACUGUGGAUAGCCUGCCACUCAUCACAGCCUCCAUUCUCAGUAAAAAGGUGGUGGAAGGGCUCUCUGCCCUGGUGAUAGACGUUAAGUUUGGUGGCGCUGCAGUCUUCCCAGACCAGGAGAAAGCUCGGGAAUUGGCAAGAGCACUGGUUGGCGUGGGGGCGGAUCUGGGGCUUCGGGUGGCAGCAGCCCUGACAGCCAUGGAUAACCCUCUGGGUCGCAACGUGGGCCAUACCCUGGAAGUGGAGGAAGCGCUGCUCUGCCUGGAUGGCACGGGGCCACCGGACCUGCGGGACCUGGUCACUAGACUCGGGGGUGUCCUGUUAUGGCUCAGUGGACAUGCGGGUAGCUCGGCCCAGGGCACCGCCCGGAUCGCUACGGCACUGGACGACGGCUCCGCGCGGCGCCGCUUCGAGCAGAUGCUUGUAGCACAGGGCGUGGACUCGAACCUGGCCCGAUCACUGUGCUCCGGGACCCCGGCGCAGCGUCGUCAGUUGCUGCCCCAUGCCCGGGAGCAAGAGGAGUUACACGCGCCUGCGGACGGCACCGUGGAGAGCGUCCAAGCGCUGCCACUAGCGCUCGUGCUGCACGAGCUCGGGGCAGGACGCAGCCGUGCAGGGGAGCCAAUCCGCCUGGGCGUGGGCGCCGAGCUGUUGGUGGACGUGGGUCAAAGCCUGAGCCGAGGGACGCCCUGGCUCCGCGUGCAUCUGGACGGCCCUGCGCUGAGCGAUUCGCAGCGCCGAGCACUGCAGGCAGCGCUUGUGCUGUCAGAUCGCGCGCCCUUCACGGCCCCCUCGCCCUUUGCGGAGCUGAUCCUGCCGCCCACCGCCGCGCAGCCUUGAAGCCCGACGGCCUCCGA